ACCAGUCGACCAACAUACAAAAACAAACACGAAAAUCUUAUUAUUCACCUGUCAAAAAUGACGAUAACAAUUUCAUUGUAAAAAAUUACGAUUCAAUAUCAAAACAUUGUCGACUCCCCGUGGAAAUGAUACGCAAUAUUAGAUAACAGACGUCUGCAUUGAAACUAAAACCAAAACAAACAGUGACAUCGCAAAAUUUAUGUAAAUUUCAGUAAUGUACGAGUGUUGCAAAUCCUUUGUGUAAUUAGUGACCAUGGCUGUGAACAUCGCGAACGACUCGCCUAAGUACAGGAACAGCUUGAUAUGCUGCAGUCCAAGCGUGGAAGCUACUUCUAGAACAUCUACAUCGUCCACUUCUGGCGGAGUUUCCGUCGACGAAGGCUACGACUCGAAUUGUAUACCAAAGUCUGUAGCGAACAAAAAGUUGAAGAUACAUAGCUCAGCAACGAAGGAGGAGAUUGAAAAAGCCAUUCAACAGUGUAAAGAACUCGUUUUGAACAGCGAACAGUGUUCAGACGAGCGGAAAUGGUUCGUAAGAUACCUCGUAGAACUCAGAUUAAGGUUGGAAGAUUUAAAAGAGAAUAAUGGCAAGGCUAGGGACCGUGUUUCCAUAAAAGGUCAUCACUUCGAACAGCAAACGAAUCCCAGUAACCGCAAACAGUACUGCGAUCACUGCAGUGGGGUGAUAUGGAGCAUUGUGCAAGGUUCGUACAUUUGUAACGACUGUGGGUACCUGUGUCAUUACAAAUGUGUCGACCACAUCUGUAGGGUAUGCGCACACGUUGUUAUGACUGAGAAGGGAAGCUUCGAAAUGAGUAUAUGUCCCGAAAAGGGGUUAGCAGCACAAGAUUAUAAGUGUGCCGAAUGUCAAACAGCGUUAACUUUCAAAGAUUCUUGGAACGAACCUCGGUUAUGUGACUACACCGGCCUGUACUUCUGUGCUACGUGUCACUGGAAUGAUUUAAUGGCAACUCCUGCGAGAGUUAUUCACAACUGGGACUGGGAGAAGCGGUAUGUCUCCCGAUUAGCGUUCCAAAUGCUGAACUUAUCUUGGGCAAGACCUUACAUCGAUAUUGAGACUAUAAACCCUAGAUUAUUCAACUUUAUAGCUGAGUUAGAGUGGGUGCAUCGAAUGAGGAAGGACUUGGAGUGGAUGAGACGGUACCUGUGCGCUUGCGUAGACGGCACAGCUUUGUUAUCACCUUUAUUCGUACAAUUCGGUGACGUGAACAAGAAAUACAGUAUGAGCCAUUUACAGGCCAUCCAAGAUGGUACUUUAGAGAGACAACUAAUGGAAUUGACAGAAACCUGCCGCUCACACAUCACAAGUUGUGACCGAUGUUCAGGGAAAGGGUAUUUAUGUGAAAUCUGUAAAAACAACGAGGUGCUAUACCCAUUUGACAGUGGCGCACUAAUGUGUGAUAAAUGUAACUCAAUGUAUCAUCGAAGAUGUUGGUUAAGAAAAGGGGAGAAAUGUCUCAAAUGCGUACGUUUGGAGGAACGCAAGAAAACCGUUGAUGACGUACAAGUAGAGACGGUUGCCUUAGAGUAUGAUAUAGACAAGUUUGUGAAUUGAAUUGUACCUGACUUUCGAAUCAGUGGUUAUUUUUUUAUUGGAUUUGUGACUGACUUGACGGGAUGUGUCAAAUACUAAUCAAACGCUUUAAAAGUCUUUCAUCUAAUUAGUAAACUAACUUUAGGAUGUAUGUUCAUUCUAUUACACAUAUAUACAAACAGUACUUUGCUGAGUUUGGAAUUUCUCAUUAGGGUUUCUAAGAAUACACUAAUAAUACUCAAGCAAGCUAUCAUUUACUCUGCAAACACAUCAUUGCCUAUAUUUAGUUUAUAAGAUCAUAAAUUCCAUUCAAAGCAACAGCUGUCAUUUGAACAUCUUUGGCAGUCCAAUGAGUCUGACAACCAGUCUUAUCAAGGGGUAUUGGGUUGCCCAGGUAACUGGGUUGAGGAGGUCAGAUAGGCAAUCACUCCUUGUAAAACACUGGUACUCAGCUGCAUCCGGUUAGACUGGAAGCCGACCCCAACAUAGUUGGGAAAAGCCUAGACAGAUGAAAUUCCUUGCUUAGCAAAUAUGUUUCUUGUAUAUGUGUAAUUGUUUUUUUCAUGAAUCUUAAGCAUGUAAAUAUGUAUAAUGAGCGGGCUUAUUAAAGAGUGUAAUAUAUUAAUAGUUAAGCUAAAUAAUUAGUGCCUAAAUAUGUGAAUUGUUUUAUAUUGUACAAGCUUAAUGCAAUUCAAUAUAUUCUCAUUUGCUGAGUGAAUUUAGGCUUUACUGACCACAGAUGUGAAUUCUUUAGUGCCUAUAGGCAGAAAUAAUUUUAGUUUCCUUAUGUAAAAUUAAUAUUAGUAUAUUUAUAUUAAAUAAACUGCAAUACAUAUUACCAUUAUAAAUAGUUUUUAAAAUUCCAGUUACAAAUUAUUUUCAGUUGACUUGUAUUUUAUAUUUUCUCUAUAAACAGAUUUUUAUAUUAUUUAAAUGUUAAAAACUUGGUUGACAUAAAAAUAUAUGUUGGAAUAUUUAUUUUAAAAACCCAGUUGUUUUAGUUAUUAAGAAUAUGCACACUAAAAUUGACGAAAUUUAUGAAAACUGUGCUGACUUUAGUUUUGUGACGAAAUUAUAUUUAAAAAAUCUGUUUUUUUGCAUAGUGAACCAUGUCUGUGUUCAGUUAGGUAUAAAUAAAUAUAGGAUGACAUGUGAAUGACCUCUUUACAUAUAAUUAUAAUGACAUGUUACAGACAAUACAGAGAUACCAUUAUUA